CUUUACUUCAUUGUGACUCUUUCUCCUCUGAAUACAAUUUGAAGCUAAAUAAUUUUGUGUUUUUUACAUCAUCUGUGCAGCUAUUGUCAUUUACAAUUAGGAAACCGUAAAACCUCACUUUUCAUUCCUGUAUCCACACAUCAUAAACACAAUCAAACCCUGCAUAUCUGCGAAUUAAAACACUUUAAUUCAUACAUUUGUGCUACUACAUAAGUUCUUUUCAGACGUAAAUUACUUCUUACACAGUGUUUUUUACUCUGCAGCUAGAAGUGGAAAUGUUUUGUGACCACGUGACCAUAAAAAAACAGAAGAUGAGGUACUUUUGCUCCUUUAUCUCAUCAACAGUUUGACACUUAAACAGGAGGAAGCCCUGACAACUUGUUCAGCAGCGUCUUUCAUCAUCUGCUUAUCUCUAAGUGCUGCUGACUGUCGUGAACAUAUUAUGCACAUGCACACAGGGAUGUCAAACAGUAAUCUUUGUCCUCUGAGUGAGUUAAUCAUUCAGCGUUCUAGGGCUGAGGAAGUGGAGGAGUUAAAAGCUCAGCCACAACCUCGGGGAGAAGUUAGAGUCAGACAAACAUGUCAACCAAGGAGCCGGACGAUGCAUUGAGGGAGAUGGGCUACAAUGAGAGCAGCCGACUGUUGAGGAUCAGGAAGUUCAGCCUGAGGGGAGUUUUCACCCGGCACUUGUUGAAGACCCUGGCCAUGGGUCAGGGCCUAGCUGGACUCAUCUGUGGGACGGCCAUCACUUCCCAGUACCUGGCCACAGAGUUCCACGUGGACACGCCGAUGCUGCAGAGCUUCCUGAACUACAUCCUGCUGUGUGUCACCUACACCCCCAUACUGCUGUGCCGAACAGGGGAUGGAAAUAUUUUACAGAUCCUGAGGAGCCGUGGGUGGAAGUACCUCCUGCUGGGUCUGGUGGACGUGGAGGCCAACUACGCCGUGGUUAAAGCGUACCAGUUCACCACCCUCACCAGUGUCCAGCUGUUGGACUGCUUCAUAAUCCCGGUCCUGAUGAUCCUGUCCUGGUGGUUUCUGAAGACGCGCUACAAGCCGGUCCACUAUGUCGCCGUCUGUAUCUGUAUCCUGGGUGUGGGGGCCAUGGUGGGGGCUGACCUGUUGGCUGGACGAGACCAGGGAUCCACGUCCAACAUCUUACUGGGUGACGGUCUGGUGCUGCUCAGUGCUACGUUGUACGCCGUGUCCAAUGUGUGUCAGGAGUAUACGGUGAAGAACCUCAGCAGGGUGGAGUUCCUGGGCAUGGUGGGCCUGUUCGGGUCCAUCAUCAGCACCGUGCAGAUGGUGAUCCUGGAGCGGAACCAAAUCGCAGCCGUCCGGUGGAGUUGGGAAGUCGUCCUCCUGUUCUCCGGCUUCGCCUUGUGUCUCUACACUCUGUACAGCUGUAUGCCCAUCGUGGUCAACCUGAGCAGCGCCACCUCCGUUAACCUGUCGCUGCUCACCGCCGACCUCUUCAGCCUCUUCUGCGGCAUCUUCCUCUUCCACUACGACUUCUCUGGACUUUACCUGGUCUCACUGGUCGUCAUCCUCAUCGGCUUCAUUACCUUCAACGCCGUGCCCACGCCCACCAACGCCACAGACCACGCCCCCUCCUCCUCCUCCUCCUCCAUCUGUGAGGACGGUUGCUAUGACAACCCCGUGGCCACCCAGAGUGACAUCAUCAAACAGGAAGUGGCAGUAACGAUCACGACUGAUGAAGAGGAGGAGGAAGAGCGGGAUGGAGAGAGGAGGAAGAGGAGGAGGAAGAAGAAGAAGAGCAGGAGGAAGAGAGAGUCGGGAAGAGGAUGGAGGGAGGAAGAGGAGGAGGAGGAGGAGGAGGAGGAUGGAGGACUCAGCACCAAACUGUGAAAACAACAUCACAACUAGUUUUAUA